UCGAAAGAGUCAUGGUAUAAGGUUCGGAGAAGGCGUUACAUACGCAAUACACACAAUAUUGAAAAAAUAUAAAAAAAAAAAUUAAAAAAAAGAAAUAUUUAAGUGAAAUUUCAAAGUUUGAAUACACAAAAAUAAUAUUAAAAUUGAGGUUGAGAGCUAAAAAACAAAACAAAGUGAAAUAAAUAUUUUUCUGUAAAAGGCUACAAAAUAAAAUCGUAAGAAACAACGAGUGUUCAAGCGUAAUCAAUAUUGCUGAAACAACACUUAAAAUUAUACAGAAAACACUUUGUAAAGUAGAAGAAAAAAUUCCCUCAAGUUUCGUAAAAAAUUUUUUUGUGAUAUUCGAAAAAUUUCCCACUACGUAACGAAGGUGAUUUCUUCUUUCAUUUAUUUAAUUUUUAUUGUGUAUUUUAACGCAACAACAACAGAAGCUAGCCAUCUCUUGUUUUUUUCUCACAACACACACUACUCUGGGAAUUUUAUUACAAAUUUACAAGAUACGUGCGUGAGAAAGAGACAGACAGCAUUACUACGGUUUUAAUCAAAAUAAAAACGACGACACCAACAAAAACACAACAACAACGACGACAACAAGAAACUAAAUGGUUUACAAAGUCUAAAGACCAACAUUUAAUGCGCAAUAAAAUACAUCAAUAUAAAAGAAAAGAGAGAAAAGCAGCAGUUAGGAAAGGCUAUAAAUUGGAGGAUCAUCGUUCUAACAAUAGUUAACGCCAGUGACGACAAAAAGAAGUCUAAAGAAGAAGAUAACGACGAUAAAGCGUUAGCUAAGGAUAAAUACAACAACAACAAGUUUAAACAAAUCAACAGACUGAUUAAAUUUAUAAUAAUAAAAGAUAAUAUAAUAAUUUAUAUAUAAAAAACGCAACUAUAUAUAGAAAAGUAUAUAAUAAACAAAUCUUAUAUAUAAUAUUGUAAAUAAGAAGCUGAAAAAGUCGAAGUCGACGUAGUAGAGAAGAAGGAAUUAAGGAAGUGCGGCGAGAACUUGAAAGAUACAGACGACGAGGUAGGAGAAGAAAGAAAAGCAGGACUCGCAGAAGAGAAAAAAAUAAAACAAAAAACAUUUAUUUAAAUAAGCGUUGAUUUUAUUGUGUGUGAUAUUUAAAUAUUAAGCAUUAAUUUAAAAAACAAAAAAUCCAAACAAAAUUUUGAAGAGAACAGUUAAAUAAUAAUAAUCAGACAAAGAUUACAACAAAUAAUAAAAUAAAACAAAUAAACAUAAACAUAAAAAUUACUCAAGAACCAAAUCGGAAAACAAUAAAAAUUGUACUAUGACAUACUCGCACAAUAGCGUUAGUAAAAAUCUGAAAAUGACAACAGCAGCAGCAACCGCGGCGGCGGCGGCAUCAAUACGUUCGAAAAAUGGAGCAGGAGGAGCCGUUAAAACCAGCGGAGGCGGCGGCGGCGGUAAUUCACCACCAUCAACACCACCCCUUAGUGCACAUUCCAACAGUAUUGCUAGCAACAGUACAAAUUAUCACCAUCAUCAUUAUCACCAACAUCACCAGCCGAUGCUGAGUAGUUCUCCUCCCGGCAGCAACAUGUCUUCGGCCAUAUCAACCAGCUCAAAUUGCAGCAGCUCCUCCAGUGUAUCAUCCGUUGGUUCCAACAGCAAUGGUAGCAGCAGCGGCUAUUUCGCAUCAAUGCGCAAGCAACAACGCCAACAGCAGCAGAGACGCUCGCCCCAACAGCAACAUAACGAUAGUGGCAGCUAUUUUAACAAUAACCAGAGCUAUCAUUACCAAUCGCAACAACAACAGCCGGGCAGUGGGGGAAAACGUUAUUCCGGCAGUGGCGGCAGUUCGCAAAAGUAUCGCGAUGGGCAGCGAUCACCACAGAACCAUCAACGCCAAUCGCCCGCCUCAAUUUUGGGUGGAGGCCUAAGUAUAUCACCCACUAUGAACAGCAGCAGUGGAGGUAACAACUCGGCUCGCAAGCCACGCUCCAAGCACUCAAGCCCUUUGCUGUGUAUUGGUGGCGGUGGUAAGAUCUCACCUACCCAUCCUCUCAUUCCCACCGCCCUCACUCACUUUGCCGGCAGCAAGUGUUUCGAUGCCCCAGCACCCACUGCUUUGCCCAAACCACCUGAACAUUGGACUGGUAGUAAGAGCGCCGAGAAGGCGGUCGCCAGCAGUGCUGGCCCCGGCCUCCAAAGUGUUUUAAACGCUGCCUCUGCCAGAACUCCCAAUCACACUCAUCAUGCCCAUCAUCAUCUACAACACCAUAACCAUGGCUAUGCUCAUGAUUCUCAUAGUUAUGGCGGCCAUGUGGUCAAGUCCUCGAAGCGCAAUCUGCUCGAUGAUUUUGAUACGCACAAUUUGAAAUUGUUGCUAAAUGUGCAAUCGUAACCGCAUUGUUAAUAUUUUAACUCAAUUAAAAUAAAAAUAAAGUAAAAACGCCAAUAAAACUUAAAAACAAUAACAACAACAGCAACUGCAAACAAUGUUUUAACUUUUUUAACAGCAACAACAACAAAAUCCGUCAAUAAUUACAACAAAAUAUAUCUAUACAUAUAAAAAAAACAAACAAUAAUCCAAAAUCAUCACUCUAUGCCCAGCAGCAGCAGCCGCAGCAGAGUUGCUAAGGACUAAUGAAUAAAUCCCAAAAGAAAAAUUAUAGAAUUUAUCCCAUUUAAUGGAUGGAUGAUGGUGGGCAACACUCUGGUCUGUCUGUCUGAAAGGCAAGUGCUUGUGAUCUCAAGUUUAUUACAAA